CCUGGCGGCUGAGGCUCUGUGGACAGACACCUUCCCUUCUCCGCGGCUGGAGUUCCCGGCGUCACUGAGCAUCUGCGCGCGGAUUUCCACAGCCCCGGUUCGGGUCCGCGAGUGCCUGGUAGCCGCGCACCACCUUCGCCCAGCGCCAUGGCCGCGGCCGGUGGGCCCGGAGCGGACAGACGCUGCCCUCUUCUCGGCCUCCUUUUGCUUCUGAUCGCAGGCCCUGCCCUGGGCUGGAACGACCCUAACAGAAUAUUGUUGCGGGAUAUACAAGCUCUUACCCUCCACUAUGAUCGCUAUACCACCUCCCGUAGGCUGAAUCCGAUUCCACAGCUGAGAUGUGUUGGAGGCACAGCUGGAUGUGAUACUUAUACUCCAAAAGUUAUACAGUGCCAGAACAAAGGCUGGGAUGGUUACGAUGUACAGUGGGAAUGUAAGACUGAUUUAGAUGUUGCAUACAAAUUUGGAAAAACUGUGGUGAGCUGUGAAGGCUAUGAAUCCUCUGAAGACCAGUAUGUACUAAGAGGCUCCUGUGGCUUGGAGUAUGACUUAGAUUACACGGAACUUGGCCUGAAGAAAUUGAGAGAGUCUGGCAAAAACAAUGGCUUUAACCCGUUCUCUGAUUAUUAUAAAAGUAAUUCCAGUGGCAUCAGUGGACUGAUUACCAUCGUGGUGCUACUUGCUAUUGCCUUUGGAGUUUAUAAGUUGUUCCUUGGUGGUGGUCAAGAUUCUCCUCCACCGUAUUCUGAGUCUCCUCCGUAUUCUUCCGGUUUUCAGGGAUUCACCAACUCAGCAGGACCCCCUCCCCCGGGCUUUAAGCCAGGGUUCACAGGAACGCCUGGUGCAACUUACGGUUUUGGCAGUGCUUUCACAGGACAACAAGGAAAUGCAAAUUCGGGACCAGGUUUCUGGACUGGCUUGGGAACUGGAGGAAUAUUAGGAUAUUUGUUUGGCAGCAAUAGGGCAACAACACCCUUUUCAGACUCAUGGUACCGCCCAUCUUAUCCCUCAUAUUUCGGCACAGGAAAUAGCCGUGCUUACUCCCCGCAUUGUGGAGACUCCGGUAACUAUUCAGCAUGUUCAAGUUCACAGACAAAAACCAGAACAGCAUCAGGAUACGGCGGUACCAAAAGACGAUAAGAAAGUAAAAAGUUGAAGUGAAACACUGGACGCAAAAUUUCUGAUUUUUCAUCACUUUCUCUUAAAAAGUGCUACCAGCCAAUAACUGGGAAAGGGAAUAUUAAAACAUUCUGUGGUGUUUUG